AUGAGUUGAACAUGGUUUCUUUGGAGUAACCAAUUUUCAGCAAAAAUGCCACCGAAACGAAAGGGGACGAGAACAGAAUGGGUGCAAUGUACCAUAUGCGAUGCUCUAUUCAGCAGUAAGGACAUCUCUACUCACUGUGAUGUAUGUAAAGACAAUUCAACGGAAGAUGGUGAUCAUGUGGUUAUGAAUGUGAAGCAUGGUCAUAUCCGUGGAACCACGUUUUUUGCAAUUGUGCACACAAGCGUUGACAAAGUUGAUGAAAGGCUUCCUGCAACAAUCAGGCAAGACAUGGUUCAACUGAAUCCUAGUACAAUGAAGAUGUGUGGUAUAUGUAUUGGUAAACAAGUCAUUGUUACAUCAGAUACAGCUUCAUUAAUCUGUACGGCAUGGCCUGUGGUGACAAUACCAGCGAGUUAUGUUGGUAUGAAUGAACAUAUGAAGAAAUUAUACAACAUAAAAUCAGGUGGUUUUGUGUCUAUUGAGAAACUAUCUGCUUCAAUCAUAGCAGCCAAAGAAAUUGUACUUAUACCUAGGGUGGAAUUCAACUUCCUGGACACAGCGAAUUUCCAGGCCUUUCUCCUGAAACAUUUUAAUGAAAAGUUUGUCACCAUUGGCAACAAACUUGAACUGACAUACUUUGGGAAGCCAUGUCUUUUUAAAAUUGUGAAAAUUGUUGGAACUGAUGGUACCAAAGUCUCUCUUGACCAAUCAGAAUUCUUGGAUUGUGAUAACGCCCAGGACAACCAAUCAAGUUCAGCAGCUGUACUAGCAUGUAGCGAUACAAGUGUGGAAAGCAAUGUGCUACUGACGAGUAUAAAUGAGAGUUUGUCAAUGCAGAGUUUUACAGACGCUAAUGGUGAUAACCUAUCAGCAGACCAGUCAGACGAGUCUCCACUCAAUGAAUCUGAGUUGUCAGAUAAAUUUAGUAGUCUAGAUCUUACAGAUAACCAAACAUCCACACCACAACGGACAUCAAACGUGGAAAAAUUAAUGUGUCGCAGGACUUCACCGUCUGAUGUCAGACAAAAAACAAUUCACAAAGACCUCCAUGUCUUCACAAUAUCGAGUGAAACUCGGACAGUGAUGCAAAGGUCUAGUGAUAAAAAUGUGGAAGAGUUAAAGAAUAAAAGAAAAGAAGUUGGUUAUUUCAGUAUCGGUGGCUUGUCAAAGCAGCUAGAAAUAUUAAGAGAAAUGGUGGAAUUACCGUUACGAAGUCCUGAAGUGUUUGAAUCACUUGGUAUUGUUCCCCCUCGAGGUGUUUUAUUAUAUGGACCACCAGGUACUGGGAAAACACUCAUAGCUAAAGCAAUUGCCAAUGAAACCAAAGCUUACUUCACAACAAUCAAUGGACCUGAAGUACUCAGUAAGUUUUAUGGUGAAACAGAAUCUAAAUUGAGAGAGAUUUUCAAAGAAUCUGAAAGACAAGCACCUGCUGUUAUAUUUAUUGAUGAAAUAGAUGCACUUUGUCCAAAAAGAGAGAAUGUACACAGUGAACUUGAGAAACGAAUAGUAGCUACACUCCUAACAUUGAUGGAUGGAAUGUCUUCAGGUAAUUCCACUGGACAUGUCAUAGUAUUAGGAGCAACCAAUAGACCAGAUUCCAUUGAUACAGCAUUAAGAAGACCGGGUAGGUUUGAUAGAGAUAUUGAAAUAUCAAUACCUAAUAUGAAAGAUAGGAAAGAUAUUUUACAGAAGCUGUUACUUCACAUGCCACAUGACUUGACAGACUUGGACAUUGAUAGCAUAGCCGAAUCUGCUCAUGGCUAUGUAGGGGCUGAUCUAGCUGCUGUGUGCAAAGAAGCCGGUCUUCAUGCAUUCAAAAAACACAAGAGACUUGCUGUCAGUGACACUGGAGAAUCCGACAAUACUGUAAUAGGAAAAACAGAUUUUGUAUUUGCUCUAAAAGAAAUCAAGCCAAGUGCAAUGAGAGAGAUUACUAUUGAUGUCCCAAAGGUUCUUUGGACUGACAUUGGUGGACAGGCUAUAAUCAAACAGAAGCUUAGACAAGCAGUUGAAUGGCCAUUACGUCAUCCUGAAGUAUUCCAUCGUAUGGGAAUAGAACCACCGCAAGGUGUCCUGCUGUAUGGACCACCAGGAUGUUCCAAGACUAUGAUAGUCAAGGCAUUGGCCACAGAAACACAACUUAAUUUUAUUGCAGUGAAGGGUCCUGAGCUGUUCAGUAAAUGGGUGGGUGAAUCUGAGAGAGCUGUACGUGAAGUAUUCCGUAAAGCCAGAGCUGCAUCCCCCGCAAUAGUAUUCUUUGAUGAGAUUGAUGCUUUGGCAUCAUCAAGAGGAGGUUCUUCAGGCAGUGGCCAAGUUACUGACAGAGUCCUUGCACAAUUGCUGACAGAAUUGGAUGGAAUAGAGAAGUUGACUGAUGUCACCAUAGUAGCAGCUACCAAUAGACCUGAUGUGAUAGAUAAAGCUUUGCUGAGACCAGGCAGAAUAGACCGAAUAUUGUAUGUGCCACUGCCAGAUGAGCAAACCCGCAGAGAAAUACUCCAGAUACAGUUUCGGAAGAUGCCUAUUGGCAGCGAUGUUAGUCUGGAGAGUUUAGUUGGCAACACUGGAAGGUAUUCAGGAGCAGAAGUUGUUGCAGUCUGCCAUGAAGCUGCACUUGCAGCAAUGCAAGAAGAUAUACAUGCAGAGUUUAUAAUGGAAAGACAUUUUAAACAAGCUUUGUUGGCUGUCACACCGCGAAUCACAGAGGACCUUAUAGAGUUCUAUGAACAAUAUAAAGACAUCAGUGGUCUACAUACUGUGUGAUGUCAUCUGGCUUUGCUGGUUGUCAUACCGCGAAUCACAGAGGACCUGAUAGAGUUCUAUGAACAAUAUAAAGACAUCAGUGGUCUACAUACUGUGUGAUGUCAUCUGGCUUUGUUAAAAGCUGUAUAUAAAUUAUUAUG